CAUGGGGCGGGAGCAGCGCGGCUGCGGCCGGCCCUAAGGCUGCCCGCCGCCGGCCGCGGCAGCAUGCCGGCAGCGCUGCGCCUGCUGUGGUUGGGCUGCGUGUGCGGGCUCUGCCGCGGGUACUUCGAGGGCCCGCUGUACCCCGAGAUGUCUAACGGGACCCUGCACCACUACUUCGUCCCCGACGGGGACUACGAGGAGAACGACGACCCCGAGCGGUGCCAGCUGCUCUUCAGGGUGAGCGAGCAGCGGCGGUGCGGGGCGGCGGCGGGCGGAGGAGGAGGAGGAGGCGGCGGCGGCGGCGGCGGGCUCAGCCUGCGGGAGGAGCUGACGGUGCUGGGCCGGCAGGUGGAGGACGCGGGCCGGGUGCUGGAGGGCAUCGGCAAGAGCAUCUCCUACGACCUGGACGGGGAGGAGAGCUACAGCACCUACCUGCGCCGCGAGUCCGCCCAGAUCAGCGACGCCUACUCCAGCUCGGACCGGUCGCUGAGCGAGCUGGAGGGCAAAUUCCGGCAGGGGCAGGAGCAGGGGGGCCGGGAGGAGGCCCGCCUGGGCGACAGCUUCUUGGGGCUGCUGCUGCACGCCCGCGCCCUGCUGCGGGAGACCCGCCACAUCUCCAGCGGGCUGCGGGACAAGCACGACCUCCUCGCCCUCACCGUCCGCAGCCACGGCGCCCGCCUCAGCCGCCUCAAGAACGACUAUCUCCGCGCCUGAGACGGGACCCCGGCCCGCCCCGCCGGCGGCGAGGGGGCU